ACUCCUCAGAAGCACUGGAAGCACAUUGUUGCCGGAAAAGUGCAAUGUCGCCGUUGCCGCCUGUGAGGAGUCACUCUAGCAGCCUUGAAGGCAAGCUAGGCAAGAGCACUGAAGAGAAGGAGAGGAAGUCCAUCCAAGCAGCGGUUGAAAGCUAUUAUGCGCUACCGGGCGUGCCAGACGAGGAGCUUGAGUCAGUGGAGCUGCAAGAUUUUUUCGAUGAGAAUGGCGUGAUUGCUCCAGACUCGCCAAAAAACUGGGGCCUAGUUGCCUCCUUGCGAAAGCCGCUCUCAAGGAGCAAGCCUUCGCUGGAGAAGCAUGGAUCGUUGUCCACGCGGCAGCAACUACUAAAUUCCCAGAAUUCGCUGGAAUAUGCACGGAAGAGGGCGGAAUAUCAGCGUAAGGCAACAAGUGAAUUCCAGAACACGACCAACACCGCAGCAGUGGAUAUCCAGAGACUUCGGCAUUUGUUUUGUGUUUUCCAGCCUCUGGGAUAUGUGCCGGCUGGUCCCGUCUUUAAGAAGCAUUUGGCCAAUGUCUACAUGGAGGAUGCAGCGACUUUGAAUCGUGAAGAGGUGGACUUGGAAGAGCAGAACCUGACCACAAAAGGCCCAGGGAGCGCGAUGAACAACGAUCAGAGAUCGUUGCUCCAUCAAGUGUUCAAGAAAUCUAUCAUCAAGGUGACAGGAAAAGGUGGAAGGACAGCUCUGAUGUACAGGUGGACAUGGUUUCGCUUUCUGAUCCACUGCAAGCUAAUUGGUCCAGAUGACUCUUGGGACAGGAAGAUACCUGAAGAGACGAGAGUUCCGUGGAGUUUGGCAGUCAAGAUUUUCAAGCUCUUUCAGGAGCCCAACAGCGAGCCUCCCGCUUUGAGCUUCAGCGGCUGGGCCAAUGCUCUUCAAGCUACCAUCCGGGCAAGGGGGAUGUAUACGACUGGUCCCGAAGUCAUAGAGGCAAUCUUUGCAACAUUCAUGCCGCGAGCCCAAGCACAGCUGGGCAUCUCGGAUGACGAUGCUCGUCGACAUCAACGGGACUCAAGAGCUAGUCUUGCAAGUAGUCGUGCGGGCUCAAGGGCAAUGAGCAGGAGCAUGUCUCGCAGCAAUUCUCAGAGCAUGUCGCGGAGCAUGUCAAGGAGCAUGUCAAGGAGCAUGUCGAGGUCUAUGUCAAGGAGCAUGUCGAAGGGUGGUGCCGGUGGGCCCCGCAACACUAGCCGAAGUACAUCACGUGCUUUGAGCUUCUUCAGCACUGGUGGCUCAACUACCGGGGAGGACAGCGAUGAAGGGGAGACGGAUGACGGCAAGCUGCCUUUGAUAUGGCAAUUGAAUCUGGCGGAGCAGCAGAUUUGUGAGCCAGAGUGCUUACAGUUGCUUCAUGAAUAUGCUGCGUUGCUGGAGGUUCUUUUCCGCCACUACGCAACCAAUCCGCCAGCUCCCGGCGAGCACUUUUCUCGGCAAUCCACAGAGGUGGUUGUAAGUGAAGAGAUGUUCACACAGUUGCUGAAGGAGAUGCGCUUCUUCCCUGAUUUUGUACAGCAGUACUCCCUGAAGAAGCACUGCAACGCAACAGAAGCCAGAUAUGGCAUUGAGGAGGGCCUCUGUUUUGCAGCUUUUGUGGAAACCAUGUGCCGUAUUUGCUUCUGCUUUUUGAACAUCUACGGCAACAGCGCACAACAGUCUGCGCCGUCCAAAUACAAAAUGCUUUGGGUCUUGGCACUUCUGGAAUCACGUUUGCCCCGCCAUUUCCGCAAAGCGCGCAGUAGCGAAGAGCCUGAUGAGCCAAUGGAUGAGGUCCAACCGCAAGGUCCUGACUCCUUGUGGCACAAGAGGGAUGAGGAUUUUGAUAUCUCCAUGUGUUGGAAUCAGGAUAUCAUUUUGUGGCCAACCAUGGAUAAGAAUGCAAAAGCAUUGCCAAUGGUUUUCUCUGCAUUUGGCGCGGCUAGCACAAACAUGGAAUCGGAGAUCGACAGGGCUUUAUCCAUGCUGAGACGCUGAAUCUGAGUUUUUGAUUUUGAUGUGGUCACGCGGCUGACCUUUUUGUACAAAGCUUUUUUGUUGCGAUUUUAAGGCCACUAUAAAGUGCCAAGCAGAGGUGGGGGUCCCUUAAAGGGAACCUCUGAAGAAUGUGGGGCAUGGCCAAGAUCGUGAGGCAAACAUCCUCCAUUCAGAGCGAGUAGAAGGAACCAAGUGAUGUGGGGCAUCUCCACAUGAGCUGUAGUGUGCAAAGUGCCUAUGCCUAUCAAGCAGGCUCUUCGGAGAAUGUUAUUGGUAGACCUGUGGAUUUGCAGCGUCCAUAUAGGUGCGUAUCAAUAGGAACUCA